GAACCUUAAAUCUAUAUCUUUAUGCGUCAUUCUUUCCUGCCAAAAACACCCCACCGAAAAGGGAUUACUACAGGCUACAGUACAUCGUUUGAUUAUUGUUGUGAAAGUGAGAGAAAGAGAAAAUAUGCUCCACAGCAUCCACAGCAAGAGUGCAAGUCAUCUUCCCUCCCUUCCUCCUUACGCCAUUGACACCCACAGCAGUAAUUGAUAAUUCCCCCUCUCUCUUACUUAAGUUUUCUUGAGACACAAAAAGGGGCAGCUGUCCGGUUAGGGUUUAAUAUGCCCUUUGGAGACAAGAGUUUCAGAGCCCCUUAAAAAGGAAUCUCAGAUCAAAUUCCCUCCGGAUAAGGUGUGAACAUAACACCAGGCUAUGUGAUAUCGACCACUUAUUGAAGAUUUAGAUUUUAGAGUCGUAGAGCAUCUGUGGAUUUUUUGGGAGAAAUUUGUGGAAAUGGAAGAACAGACAAUGUUUGGUUGCGGGUCCUCUGUAUAUUCAGUUAGGGAAAUGAAAUUAGAAGAAGAUGAAGAAGAUUUCAGGAGUUGUUGCGAAGAUGUAGAUGAUUUGAAAGAGAGAGAAGAACCGGCAAAGGAAUGUUCAAAGAACAAUCUCGAUGAGGUUUCGGUGAAUAUGUUCUUCAAGGGUGUAUCGAUAGCUGAAGCUGGAGAGGGUGGUGCUGGACUUUCUGGGAUUGGAGUGGUCAUGGACAGAUCAGCUAAUGUUCCUUCUAUUCAAGUGCAGAAAAAGCUUGAUUUCUUUGUGGAUGAAUCUGUGGCUGACUAUUUAGCUUUGAUGGAUGGACUGUUGGAGGCUGCACAGAAUAAGAUUACGCGGGUAUUUGCCUUUACAGACUCCGAGAUUUUAUAUGAUCAGAUUAUUAAUGAGGAGAAAGUUGACAACCCACUUCUCCUAGCAUUUAGACGAAAGAUCCUAGAACGCACUGAACAGCUGGAAGCUUUUGUUCUUAAAUUGGUGCCCUGCGUUGACCUAGGACGGCCGUUAUCCUUAGCUCGAGUGGCGAUCGGCAUUGUGUCUUACUCUGAGGGAGAUGAAUCCUUUGAAAAUUGUUCAAUUUGUUGUGACGAGAAGCCCAUGCAAAUGAUGAUCACUAUGAAAUGUUCCCACAAGUUUUGUUCCCAUUGCAUGAAAGCCUAUGUGGAUGGGAAAUUGCAAUCUUCUCAAGUCCCCAUUAGGUGCCCUCAGUUGAAAUGCAAGUAUUACAUCUCUGCCAAAGAAUGCAAAUCCUUUCUUCCGGUUGCUUCUUAUGAAAUGUUGGAGAAAACCCUAACAGAAGCAAAUUUCCUCAACUCGGAUAAAAUGUAUUGCCCCUUUCCCAAUUGCUCAGUUCUUCUUGAUCCUCGUGAAUGCUUGUCAGCUAGGGGGAGUUCAUCAAGUCAGUUAGAGGAUAGUUGUGUGGAGUGCCCAGUGUGUCAGAGAUUCAUAUGCUUUGAAUGUGGGGUCCCUUGGCAUACUUCAAUGACCUGUGACGAGUAUCAAAAUCUCCCUGUAGAGGAGAGAGAUGCAGGUGACAUUACCCUCCAUCGAUUGGCUCAAAAUAAUAGCUGGCGGCGCUGCCAACAGUGCCGGCGGAUGAUUGAGCUAACACAGGGUUGCUACCACAUGACAUGCUGGUGUGGGCACGAGUUCUGUUACUCAUGUGGUGCUGGCUAUAGCGAUGGCCAACAGACAUGUCAAUGUGCAUUUUGGGAUGGAGACCACAACGACAACACCCCUGAGGAGCACAUGGUCACUUACCCUACCCAAGAAUCCGGACAAUGGGCAUGGGAUUCCUUUGACUCGCUCCCCAUGAUUAUGGACGCUUACUCGGAUCAAGAGCGUUCACAGCUGGCGUUGAUCCAAAGGUUCCUUCUUGGGGGAUUUAGUUUGAGUGAUCACAACCCUUACCAAUCUCCACCUCGUUGUACAGCAGACUCUUAUACUGAUGCCAUGAAGGACCUCCAUCAGCUUCCUUGGCUGGAAAGGUUCGUUUCCGUUAUAAGUGAUAACUACUAUGAAGAUUAUGUCCAAUGAAGAAAAUAUAAUGACUACCAGGUGGUUUUCAGAUAUUUGAAAUAAGGUUUUUAGAUUUUCACAGAGGAAAAUGGUUGGAGGUGGUAGAGAGUCUCUCACUCUCUCACUUCAUUUCCAUUUUUAAUGACUCUGCUAAUAGGUACUCUACUACAUUUUAUGUAGUGUUUUCAUCUGUCUUUUUGUGGUAGUAAACUUGUUAACAUGAACUUUCUUGCUUUUAAGAGAGGAAUUGUUGCAUGAUGGAGAGGAUCAAGGGGAAAGAGAAGAAGAAUUAGGGGGAAAACCUUGUAUUGAAACCAUAUUGAGAAUCAAUGAAAUUAGAACACGCACUA